AUGGCUGAGGAGCAGGCACCAAACAUAACAUAUCGUGGUAGUUGCCACUGUGGUGCGUUUGUCUUCGAAAUUGCCAUUCCAGAGAUCAAGUCUGUGAGGACGGUCAAGGGCUCAAUUGAAGACUUGACAAACUACACUUUCAGCAAGGGCAAACUCCACCAUAAGUUCUGCCCUCAAUGCGGCACCGCCAUCAUGAUCACCAUGCCUAAUGGUCCUCCAAACUCGAACUUUUGCUUGAACGCGCGCUCAAUUCAAGGUCUUGAUGCUUGGUCGCUAGAGCGUCAACUCAUUGAUGGAGCCUCCUUGGGGGACAAGUACGAGGCGUCGUUGUAUUCUGGAGCUCAGCCCCCGGAGCAAAUCAACGGCGGUAAUGUGUACAACGGCAGCUGUCAUUGCGGUGCAGUUCAGGUGGCCUUGGCUAGCAAGCCAAUAGACGGCACGUUUCCCGACACUAUCGGAGAAUGCAACUGUAGCAUUUGUAUCAGAAAUGCAUACAUUUGGGUCUGGCCCCACCGUGACCACGUCGUUCUACACAACGACUCUAACGACAUUGGCUGUUAUUUCUUUCAAGGCUCAACUCUACUCGCCAAAACCUUUUGCAAGAUGUGUGGCGUUCAGUUAACCAACAAGCCUGUACUUCAGUCUGAUGAAGCCAUAGCCGCCAUGUCGGACGGCGACAGAAAGCUCUACGAUAUGAUCAGCCCAUUGCACCCGGUGAACCUGCGAGUUUUUGACGGAAUUGAUCUGAACGAGAUCGUUGGAAAAGUUGAGAAACUGCCCGGUGCCGACCGCCCUCCCAAGUAUGUAAACCCAUAG